AUGGCGGACCUUCGGAUGGCCCAGGACUGGCAGCGUGAAAGCGAGGUUAGUCACUCCUCCACGGUGGCUUUCCCAGCAAGUUUUGAUCAUCACGUGUGGCGGCAUGUGCUUUGUCAGAAGACAAUAUUCCCGGUGCUUCCCUGGCUGGAAGAGAACCUGCGACUUUGAAAAACGAAGAACAUCGGCUCUGGUUGAAAUGUCGCGGAGAUUCGUUAAAAGGGUUUGAAAACUAAACCCAUCUGGCUUGAAUUCGAUACAAAAAUUAUUCGGAAUUAAUACAAUUCCUUUUUCUUCAAUAGAGGAUUGAAGGUUAUAUAAAGUCUGGCCGUGAUCAGAACAUUUUCGAUCCAGAUCCGAACAGGAUUUACACGAAAAGGAAACAACACAACGAAGCGGCGAGCAAAGACACCAAUUCGAGUGUUUCCGGUGAAUCACAACUGAAGUAUCCAUCUGAUGGCUGGUCUAUCGAUCUCACCAGAAUGCGAAGAAUCUUCACUCGCGUAGAAAUGAAUGAACAUAUAUCAAAGUCAAGGAAAAGUAUUGACUCCAACACCCGCACCCGCUCUAUUUCAACGAGUGCUAGAAAUGCAUUCCUUUAA